AUGAAUGUUAAUGCUAAUGUAUUUGUACCGGGAGGUUCAGCGAGGCCUCAACCUUCACCUCCAACACAAUCGACUUCAAAUGUCAAAAAACCGCGCCGUCCAGAUUCAGCUCAAAAGACUCGAAAUCCCCGUCCUUUACAAAGAGCUCAACAUGAACCACGAUCCAGUCACAUCAUAGAGAAUGUAACUCAGGACCUUGAAGCUGUCGAUCUUUCGGGCUCGAAAGAGAAAAAAGGGAAAGUUUCGUUGAACCAUCUACUUGGUUUUUCAUUCCCGGAGCGACAGACGCCAAGUUCGCCAAGUCCACGUCGCCAAAAAACAACAUACCAACCAUUCAACAAGGAAAAAUUUGUAAAUGCAAACUUCAGGUUUGUUGUAAAGGCUUCAUCAGAUUAUCAGAUAUAUUUGGCAGAUCCGGAUAUGAUAUUAGACUGGCAAUCGAUCGAACAAGUGGUAAUCACAGAUACAACUCCUUCAUGCCCAAUAUGCCUCUCAUCUCCGGUAACAGCCGCAAGAAUCACAAAGUGUGGUCAUGUUUUUUGCCUUCCGUGCGUGUUGCAUUAUUUUGCAUCGCGUGAAAAUACUCGCAAGCAAUGGCACAAAUGUCCGAUUUGUUGGGACGCCAUGUAUCUCAAAGACUUGAAGAAUGUCAAAUCAUUAAUCCCUCGAGCAGUCUUGUCUAAAACAAUUUCAGGCAUCCAACAAGGAGACACAGUCCAAUUGAGCCUUCUUCUGCGCCCAGGUCCCUCUCCUUUGGCCCUGCCUGUUUCUGACACAUGGCCUAUUAGCGAAUCCCUUCAGCGUCAGGCCACUGUUCUGCCUUGGGACACUACUCCUCAAGCACUUGCAUUUUCUCGCCUGAUUCUCGCCAGUCCAGACUAUUUGCUUGCGAUGUACGAGCAAGACAAACAUGAGUUAGAAGUCGCAAAACAAGAUACGAUCGGCUGGGGGGACGAUGUCAAAUACAUCGAGGAGGCGAUUGAGGAAGUUGUGGCAAGACAAAGAGAGGCACGAGCGUAUGGUACGAAUGGCGUUCGCUUACUUGAGCAAACUUCAGCCUUGGUGUGGAACAAUAAUAGCUAUAGUAGUGAUAAUAAUAAUUAUAAUAAUUAUAAUAAUAAUAAUAAUAAUAAUGGGCAAUACCGGCAGGCAAAGGACAAGGGCGUCUCGACUUCAUCGUUGACCGACUACUACUUUUUCCAGGCUGAUGAUGGACAGCACGUGUAUCUACAUCCACUAGACGUUAGAGUGCUCAAACAUUCGUACAGAGAAUAUGAACACUUUCCAAAACAUAUUGAGGUUGUGGCCACAGGAAUAGAAGAAACCACUAUGACAGAGGAUUUGAGAAAAAGGUGUAAGCACUUGUCCCAUCUUCCACUAGGGUGUGAUGUGACAUUUUUGGAAGUUGAUCUCAAACGACUUGUCCCAAAAGAAAGUUUAGAUGCAUUUGAGCAUGAACUUACCACGAGAGCGAAAAAGCGAAAGGACAGAGUCAGACGGGAAGAGAAAGAUUUGAAAAUUGCCGAGGCCAAACAAAAGAAGCAGGCCCAAUCUUCACGCCAAGAAAACCAACAGCUGAUUGACAAUGAUCCCUUCUUUAAAAUCAACCAGCCCAUGUCAGUGGAAGAGAAUGAAGCUAUGCUGGCUCAAGCAAUUGCCCAAUCUGCGCAAGAGUCUUCUCGUGGGCCAAAGACAGUCUGGGGAACCAAUGCUGUGGCACAAGAAGAAGAACAGGCGUCUAAUGAGUGGUCAGAGCAUAUUAAAGUUACUGUCAAGUCAAAGAAGAAGCGCGGAAAGAAAUAA